CCAGUCUCUCUCUUGAAGGCUUCAGAGUUCUUUCUUUUUGCAAUUGCAAUCUACAUCUCGAGGUUGAUCCUCAGACAUUCUUUUUUUCAACGCGUGUUGAUCAAAACUACUCUCUCUUCGGUGACUUUGUGACUUUUCCACACCUCCACCACAAUCACUUGAAUACCACUUCAAUCACUUCAAACAAAAAGAAAUCAAUUCAAUCUCUCCGAACAAACAAAAUGUUCUUCUCCAAGCUCUCUCUCGCUGCCGCCACCACCUUGGCCCUGACGGCCUCCGCCCUCCCCGCACCGAGCACCUCCACCAGCUCCGCCGCGGCAAGCAGCUCCAGCGCCAGCGCCAGCGGCAGCAGCAGCGGCGGGGGCAGCGUCUCGAUCGUGAACAAUCUCGACUCGACCGUGUACCUGUGGUCGACGGCCACCGACACGGGCUCCAGCGACAUGCAUUCCCUGGCCUCAGGCGGCGGCAGCUUCUCCGAGAGCUACCAGACGACCUCGGAGGGCGGCGUCUCGAUCAAGCUGUCCACCAGCCAGGAUGAGAGCAGCGUGCUGCAGUUCGAGUACAAGACCGACGGCAGCGAGCUCUACUGGGACCUGUCCUCGAUCAACCUGGACAAGGACUCGGCCUUCGUCAAGGCCGGCUUCACCGCCACCCCGUCCGAUUCGAGCUGCACCACCGUCAGCUGUUCCGCCGGUGAUGCCGACUGCUCGGCCGCCUACCAGAAGCCCGAUGACGUGGCUACCAAGAGCUGUUCCACCUCCGCUGGCAUCACGCUCAUUCUGGGCUAGACGCUCGGACUGGGUUGGAUUAGCGAUAGCGCAGGGGUUCCCGCACGGAAGCCAUCGUCGAGCCGGGCUCUUGCGGGGCAGGUUCCACCUUUGUGUAUGAGUGACAGGCGCAGGGCAGGACCUUGCUGGAUAUGAUGGAUGUCACUUUGGGUUUUAUGAUAUGACUUAGACUUUAGACCUGAUAGACUUCUCGAUGAUUUUUAUGAUAGAUUUCAAUCUCUACAAAUGCAGAU